CGGGAAGGCCGGGGCCCUGCACCCGCGCGGCGGAAAGCGGCCCGAGCGCCCGGCUGCUCGCAUGCCCUUUUUGGCGCAGCGGCUCUGGCGCUGCCGUCUGCCGCCGCUGGGGCCCGAGCGAGGCGAGCCGGCGACGGCGGCGGCCUCCUCCCCUCCCCGCGCGGUGCCGCAGAAUUGCAGCUGGCACUGGAGGGUGGGCAAGCUCAAGGGAGGGGCGCGGGGGGCCCCGGCGCCUGUGCUCCGAGCUUGGAUGGGUGUAGCUGCCGGCGGGAGCGAGAGCGUGUUCACUGCAGCGGCGGCGGCGGCGGCCGGGCCCGGCCCGGCCCGCACGAUCCCCGCGCGCUUCCGAGGAGCCCUGCUGGAGCGCCCGCCCCGCGGUCUCGCCUCCCCGCCGAGCCGCCUGCGCCUCGGGACGCGAUGAAGACCUGGGCUUGCCUGCUGCUCUUGGGCUGCGUAUACCUGGCCCAUGCCCUGGCCGAGGGCCCCGAGAUCCCCCGCGAGGUGCUGGAGCGGCUCGCGCACAGUCAGAUCCAUAGCAUCCGAGACCUGCAGCGGCUCCUGGAGAUGGACUCCUUAGGAGCCGAGGAUGCUCUGGAGCCGAGCCCGAGAGCCCCCAGGGUCCACGCGGCCAAGCCUGUGGCUGGGAAGCGGCCGGCACCCGUUCGGAGGAAGCGGAGCAUCGAGGAAGCCAUUCCUGCCAUCUGCAAGACCAGGACGGUCAUUUACGAGAUACCUCGGAGCCAGGUGGACCCCACGUCGGCCAACUUCCUGAUCUGGCCGCCGUGCGUGGAGGUCAAGCGCUGCACCGGCUGCUGCAACACCAGCAGUGUCAAGUGCCAGCCGUCGCGCGUGCACCACCGCAGCGUCAAGGUGGCCAAGGUGGAGUAUGUCAGAAAGAAGCCCAAGUUGAAAGAAGUGCAAGUGAGGUUGGAGGAGCACCUGGAGUGUGCCUGUGCGGCCUCCAGCCUGGGCCCGGAGCAGCGGGAGGAGGAGACCGGGACCCUCCUGUCCGUGGCCGGUGGCGUCCAUCCUCAGGGUUGCCUCAGAGCCCACGAUGGCUGUCAGAGCUCCAGCACUCACAUGCAAGGCCUGGGCUGGAAGAAGAAGAUGUGAGGUGAAGGCUCCAGCAGCCCUCUCCUGGGACACGAUGUGUGUGGCGUCUUACAUUCCCGACUAUUCUGUACGGUGCUUCCUGGCCAGCCUGCGGUCUCUGUUCCCCUCCGGGGCAGACUGGGGGACAGAGACAGUGACUGUGUGUCCGCGGCGGGGCGGCCAGAAGCCGCCUUGUCAGAGACGGACCACGCGGCGGGGCGGCACGCGCCCAGGCUCGGAUGGACACGCGGGUGACACGUGUGUGCGGGGCUCAGGCUGGCCGCCGUGGCAGGGGCCGCAGUGCUUGCGCUGCUGGCCCGGACGCCGCCCAGUCUGUCACAGCACCCCUCCCGAGAGCCUUAAGUGGAUUUUUUUUACACCAUAAAGUGAUUGUUAAGCUUCCCUUUGUACUCUCUUCCUGGCUUUCCUUUCGUGGUUUGUUUUUGUUUUUAACGAUCUCGGACAAAGCGACAUCAGUGACGCGCGAGGCCGCAGCGGCCAGGGACGGCGACGGCGUUUUCCUGCAGGACACAGACUAAUGACAUAUAUUACAAUAAAUGUGCUACAGCUGCCUA